UGGGCGCACCUAGGACUUCAUCCCCCGCCAGCCCCCGCGGCCUAAGCCGUUGCCACUUCCUGUUUUGGGGACAAGUCGCUCGGCAGCUGCUAACUGCGAGGUCUGCGAAGAGGUCUUCACCUCCUGAUCUGGUUUUCCGAAGUAGAGGGACUGGCCUGCUGAGGUAGAGCACGAUCUCGUUCCUGACAAACUCACCUUGGGACAGUCGGAGAGGGAACCCAGGCGAGGAGAGAAAGGCUGAGCUUGCGGCCACGGGCUGUCACUACGGAGGGGUCUGCCAAGCCCCGGGUUGGGGACACUGCUCCCAAGUCCUGCACGUCCCUCAAGUAGGUCGAUUGCGGGGAGUCCCCGGGAGCUGAGGAAGUCUGAGUCUGCUGGAGGUUUUGGGAAAAGGACUUUCUCAGUGCCUGGAAUCUGAGAAAAAUGGCAAAUGUGGAUAGUGAUUCUAGGCAUCUUAUCCCUGAGAUAGAAGAUGAAGUGAAUCCUGGACCUAUGAAUAUCCAGUUUGAUCCAUCAGAUCUAAGAUCUAAAAGGCCUUUCUAUAUAGAGCCUACGCACAUCGCCAAUGUGAAUGACGCCAUUCAGAGAGUUAGUGACCACGCCUCCGCUCUGAACAAAAGGAUUCACUACUACAGCCGGCUCGCCGCUCCAGACAAGGCGCUGAUCGCUCCAGACCACGUGGUCCCUGCUCCAGAGGAGUGCUAUGUGUACAGCCCAUUGGGCUCUGCCUAUAAGCUUCAGAGUUACACUGAAGGCCACGGUAAAAACACCAGCUUGGUAACUAUUUUUAUGAUUUGGAAUACCAUGAUGGGAACAUCUAUACUAAGUAUUCCCUGGGGCAUAAAACAGGCUGGAUUUACAACAGGGAUGUGUGUCAUCGUGCUGAUGGGCCUUUUAACACUUUAUUGCUGCUACAGAGUGGUGAAAUCACGGAGUAUGAUAAGUACAUCAGACACAACCACCUGGGAAUAUCCAGAUGUCUGCAAACAUUAUUUUGGCUCCUUUGGGGAAUGGUCAAGUCUCCUUUUCUCCUUGGUGUCUCUCAUUGGAGCAAUGAUAGUUUAUUGGGUGCUUAUGUCUAAUUUUCUUUUUAAUACUGGAAAGUUUAUUUUUAAUUUUGUUCAUCACAUUAAUGACACAGAAGCUGUACUGAGAACCAAUGAUAGCAACCCUGUAAUUUGUCCAAGCUCUGGGAGUGGUGGCCAUCCUGACAACAGCUCCCUGAUGUUCUACAGCAAUACCACAGAACUGCAGCAGUUUGAGAAGUGGUGGGAUAAGUCCAAGACGGUGCCCUUCUACCUCAUAGGGCUCCUCUUGCCCCUACUCAACUUCAGAUCCCCUUCGUUUUUUUCCAAAUUUAAUAUCCUAGGCACAGUAUCUGUCCUCUAUUUGAUUUUCCUUGUUACCUGGAAAGCUAUUUGCUUAGGAUUCCAUCUGGAAUUUCACUGGUUUGUGCCAACAGAAUUUUUUGUACCAGAGAUAAGAUUUCAGUUUCCACAGCUGACUGGAGUGCUUACUCUUGCUUUCUUUAUUCACAAUUGUAUUAUUACACUCUUGAAAAACAACAAGAACCAAGAAAAUAAUGUGAGAGACCUGUGCAUUGCUUAUAUGCUGGUGACAUUGACUUAUCUCUAUAUUGGUGUCCUGGUUUUUGCCUCAUUCCCUUCACCUCCGUUAUCCAAAGAUUGUAUUGAGCAGAACUUCUUAGACAACUUCCCCAGCGGUGACACCCUGACCUUCAUUGCAAGGAUAUUCCUGCUCUUCCAGAUGAUGACUGUGUACCCACUCUUAGGCUACCUGGCUCGUGUUCAGCUCUUGAGCCACAUCUUCGGUGAUGUUUAUCCUAGCAUUUUCCAUGUGCUGAUUCUUAAUUUAAUAAUUGUGGGAGCUGGAGUGACCAUGGCCUGUUUCUACCCAAACAUAGGAGGGAUCAUAAGAUAUUCAGGAGCAGCAUGUGGCCUGGCUUUUGUGUUCAUAUACCCUUCUCUCAUCUAUAUCAUUUCCCUCAACCAAGAAGAGCGUCUGACGUGGCCUAAAUUAGUCUUUCAUGUUUUCAUCAUCAUUUUGGGCCUGGCGAACCUGAUUGCUCAGUUUUUCAUGUGAAAACUGUUUUCUCAAGAUUUCUCAUGGUAUUCUGAACCUUGGCAACAGUUCUGCAUAAAAGAACUUGAAAAUGCUGUCAUUGCUGUAAUGCUAAGUGUUUUUCUAAGAUAACUGGAAGCAAGGGAAAUGAUAAGUCUGCUGAUAAGUAUUUUUGUACUGGAGUGGGGAGUAAUAAGGACAGUCUUUCCCACAGACCCUCAUUUAUAUGUAUCCAGGUAAAAAUGCAGGAGGAAUCACUCUGAUUUUUCUGUUGAUAAGUACAAGGUAGGUGGGUAUGUUUUGCCUACAGCAAGGAAUCUCAGGGGUCUUGGGCUGAGGCAUGUUGCCAGGCCCUGUUUCUGAUUCAGUGUACUCUCUUCCUCUCCUUACUUGCUGGACUGUUUCUACAGUUUUCCCAAACCUGUGCUGUUUCCAACAGUAAAACAUAUACCUCAUUUUAGAAGAAGUUUCCAUGGUAUCAUUAUUAAUGGAAUGAAUUCCUAACCAAAUACUAAUCUGAAGAGCAAAAAGUUAAUUAAAUAGUAUCAGUCCAUCAGAAAAUAUAUGCAAAAUAAGGCCAGUGGGAUAGUUGGUACCUGCCAGUGAGCACUUAGAUGGUAGAGUAAGAGGAACCCAAGUUUAAGAUCAUCCUUAGUUUCAUGGCCAGCUUGAUUGUCUUUGGUGAUGUUGUUUGGGGGGGGGGUAUUUUUUGUUCUGUUUUGUUUUAAGACAGUGUUUCUCCGUGUAGCCUUUGCCGUCCUGAAACUCAUAGUAGCAGAGGCUGGCUGUAGAAAGCCUCUCUCUUCUCAAGAAAAACAAAAGAAAAUAUGCGUCGGAUAAACUUGUGCAGAGUUGUGGCUGUCUGACUCUUAACUGUAAUCUGGUUUCAGUGGCUUAGACUGAGGUCACAAUUCCCAAGCCAGAUACCAACACACGAACAAAGGUGGUUGUCCUUAUAAAGCUAGGGGACUCUUGCUUCCUGUGCCCUUGAGAAUCGCAUGGACUGUCCUGAAGCUCCAUGGAGGAAGCACGAGCAGAGAGGCAGGUAUCUGAGGCUCUCCAGAAGGAAAAGGGAAUAGCUAGAAAGGACUUUGCCCAGCGUAUUGAGUCAUCCUAGUUCAGGUGUGUCCUUCAGGAGCCGACACCAUCUGCUGCUCCUGUAACAGGAAGGGAAGAAAAACUCCUGACAAGAAGAUUGAGAAAUCCAGAUUCUUAGAGUUAACACUCUUUUCAACACAUUUUUCUUCUCAACUAUGAGCUAAACCAGAAUCCAGGUGUCUGCCUCCAUGUAACAGUCUGUGUUCUACCCACAACUACAAACAUAGAUUUCUCUAAUUUUGGCUAAAUUGUUUAAAAUGUAUCAUGAUUCUACUUUUUAGGACACCAUACAGAUUUGCGUCAUGUCCUUCCAAAACAAACAAACGAACAAAACAGGUGAAAUGGUUUUUAUAAACCCCAUAAGCAGCCCUAGUUUUAAGACCAGGUUUAAUUUCUUUCAGCUUAGCUUUAAUCCUAUUAGAGCACAGCUCUAUGUUUAUAAGGAGCUGUAACUCCUAACACUUUUUAAAGUCUCAUGAAGACUGCCAAGCACAUACACAAACUGAAUAAUAUGAGAAACUGUUGCACACCCAUCCCCGGGUGUGAUAAUCAUAGGCUUAGCUGAAGUUGCUUUACCUGCUCCCUCCCGCUUUUUUCUUUCUACUGACAUAUUUAAAAACCAACCUCAGACAUUAUGUCAUUUCAUUUCUACAAACCUUAAUAUUCGGCUAAUAGCCCAAACCUUGAACCUAGUUACAUUUAUCAUGGAGCUGGCAUUAAAAGCUCUAGCUAGCAGAAACUUCUGUGGAAGCUAGGUUGCAUGGGCAAGUGCCUUGCUGCUCGAGAAACCCUGGAAUGGUCAUGAUUGCAGUGUUGUUCUAUUACGAGACAUUGGAGGCAGAGCUGGUGUUUUAAGACAUCUCCCUGACUUAAUCUCUGUAUGUUCUUAGAAGUUUCUUAGAAGUCUCUGAGAAUUUUAGAGACAGUUUUUACUGCUUUUAUUCCAAAGACAUUCUUGAAUGCUUUACCACAACAAAGAUGUGUUAUGCUUUAACAGUCAAAGAUGAUUGGGUAUGUGUUUGCCCAUUUCAUAGAUAAAAGAAACGUGGCAAGGGAUGCUACCCUCUGGACAGAAAAUAAUAUGAAUUUAUGCUUCUGUUUUCUUAAGGAGACUCAACAAUUUAGACCUCCUAAAUUGUCCUGUUAAACAAGCCAAAUGGCUUUGUCUCCUUAAGUUUCUUUCCAUGAGACUCCUUGGCCUGUUCCUUGGCUUAGAGAACCCUGCAUAUGACUGCGUGUCCUGGCUCAGAAUGAGGAUAGGAUAGGAACCCACACGCAGUAAAUCUCACACUUUCUUCUUUGAACUUUCUGAUUAAACUGCUUUCACUUCUUUGCUCUGAUGUGGCUAGCUUCUUUAAACACAGAGCUGAGGACACUAAGAUUUAAAAUGAGUUGUCUAGAGAGGUCUUCCUUAGAAAUCCUGGGGAUGAAUUUGGGCUGUGCUAAUAUUAAGCCAGAAAGGGCAAUCGUGCAAAGUCAUUGCCAUCAGCACACUCCAAAACUGUGUUUGGAAUAAGGACUAAAUGUACCCAUUGGAAGAGACUGUUUUAAAGGGAAGUGCUCCCUGUACAUUGAAUGUGUCUUAGAAAUGCUGUGUGGUGACUGAGCAGCACACAGUCACUGUGGGCUUGUUUUCUGCUUCCACUUGAAACUUAGCAAGAAAAUGUUUGAUGUGUGUUUUUAAUUAUCGUUCCCUUAAUUAUUCUGUUUACAGUAUGGCAUAGCCAGCAGUGCUCAUUGCUCUGGUGGAGCUAAAGCCAGGAAAGACAGCAUACAUGUCCUAAAGGAACUUUUAAUGUACUGAAGAAAGAGUGUGCUCAGCAGUGCACAGGGCAGUUAAUGCUGAGGAUGGUUGGAGCAGCUCGUGUUGGGGGAGGAGGGAGUGGCAAAGGAGGACAGACGGUUCCGGGACAAAUCACAUUCAGUGUGCUCACCAGCAGAUACAGUGAUCUGUUACAUGUACUUGUUUCUAUUGGGGCGGAUUUCCCCUGAAACAUAUUUUGUGAUGUUUAAUUGCUCUUUAUGCUGUUAUUCUCUCAUCUUUAUUAACCCUGAAGUAUUUAUCCCCUAUGGCUCUUGAACAGAAAGCAUCAUUGAUUAAUGUAGGAUGUAAUUAGUAAUACACUGGGUGCUACAAACAUUUAUAGAGUUUCCAAAAUUUUAAUUUCUUCAAAUAUGAAUAUUUAAAAUGUCAACUGUUUACAUUCAUUGAUGUAAUAGUGUUUUGUUUUGUUUCUGUUAGUGUGAUAAGAUACUAUGACCAAAAGCAAGAGUUGAUUUUGGCUGACGGUUCCUAAGAGGGAGUCUGUCAUGGCCUGGAAAGCAGCAGAGCAGGCACCAAAGCAGGGCUGGCAACUCACAUUUCAUCUACACAUAGGAAAACAAGAGCGCAAGUGUGGUGAGUCUAUAAACUCACAGCCCACCCCCAACCCCCCCAGUGACUUUCUUCCUCCCGAAACAAUGGGGAUGUGUGAUUUGUCUUUUUAUAGAGAAGAAAUUAAAUCGGAAUCAUUUUAAAGAAAAAUAUCUCUGGAGUUUUGUUUAGUGAAUUUGGCUAGGAACCACUGUUGCCUCCUAGCCCCGGCCACAGUCGGAAGCAGCUGGGCUCCAUCCUCUGCAGGGCCACGUUUCCCAGGUGACUGCCUGGUCUCACGUCAGGCCGUAGGAGCCAGCCUUAAGAUCCUGGCCUCGCAAGGCAUAUGUCACAUUAACGGAAACCUAAAAGGACCAUCCCAGGGACCCAAUGUGCUCUCUCCCUCUAGGAACACUUUUCAUGGAUGUGGCACUGUAGGUAAGCGUUACCCAGCUUCUGACCAAAAGCCCUGGGGCAGUCAAUAACGUUCCAGAACCUUUUACGCCAAUAAAGAACACUAAUUUUCUGGCUUCUUUGAGUUACUUUUUUUUCCAAAUACCUUUUUUUUUUUUUUUUUUUUUUGUAUUCUCUAAACUCUCCUGAAAAGGUAAAAUAAGACUGUUUUAAAGGCCAACGGUGGCACCGUGUUUCCCCCAGGCUGUGCCUCACAGUUCCAGAGCAGGCGUGAGGAGCACCCUUCUGACAUUCCCCCCGACUCUCAAUCCCACACAGUCCAGUCAUGGUUAGUCAUGGCAGUUCUAAGGACACACUUCUUUAACUAGUCAAGAUUCCACUUAAAUAGAAAGUAAUAUUAGUUGCUGUUACCUAGGAUUUUCUUACGUACUCCUCCCCCCCAAAAAAUGUGGGGGCUAGAGGUGUAACUCAGUAGUAUGGCACUUGCCUAGCAAGUAUGAGGUUCCGGGUUUGAACCCCAGCAACACAAAGAGAAAAAAAAAAUGGGUCAGUCAGGUUCUGGAUUAAUCAUUCAGUCCUUACGUACUCACCGGAUGCCUGACCUUGCACAAAGUAAGCACUGAGCAUGCUGUGGUGAACAGGCCAGGUGUGAGCGUGGCCGUGGAGUGUCCUUUGUCCAUGCUGUGACCCAGCCACUGAGUCACCUUCCUUAGGUGCCACCCAAGGGCCGAGCUUCUGCUCUCUUGGGGCUCUGUCUCCGCUGAGGACUUUGGCACGUGAGUGUAGAGUGUAGAGUGUGGGACUUCCUGAAGGGAGUCAUGGUUUUCCGUGUAAAAACGCUUCCACAUCCCAGCACUUAAAUUAUCUGUACAAACCAGAAGGUCCCUCCCACAGAAGGACAAAUAUGAGUGACCUGUUGAAGGGACAGAGUUCCAAGCGAAUCACUUGCGUUGUUGCUUUACUAUUUACUCAGCAAUCAUAACAAUUUUCCUAAGCGAUGUCUAGGAUAAAUCAUGACAAAGAAGACUUGUAGAAAUAGCUGUACACAUUGCCACAAUAGACCUGCCUGCUAUGAAUCUUUAGUCUAGAUAAGAUGGAUACCUUUUACUAUGUUGCUACUGCUACUAUUAUUAUUUAGACUCUUGUAGGCUCUCCUGACUUUGAACUUACCACAUUAGCCAAAGAUGAUCUUGAACUUCACAUUCUCUUCCUCCACCAUGCCCAGGUGAGGAAGACCUUUGGUUGCAAGGACAGGUCCAGAUUUUAUGCCAGCUGUCCCCUUUGCGGUUUAGAGUUACCUCUUCAAGGAAGAGCGCAGAAUCUGGAGCCUUAGAUAGGAAGUCACCCAUACAAAUGAGGAACCCUGAUUCAGCUGUGUUAGCUUUAAGAUUAAGUAUACACAGGCCAUUGGAACAGCCAGGAAGCGUAAGAAACCAGAGGAAGAAUAAUGGGCAUUAUGCCUGAGUUUCUUUGUGACCUGGAGAGCUACUCUUACCAAAGCUGAGCCUUUAUUUCUGGAAGGGCCAGAUUAGGUGUCAAUCUAGGAAUGGUUAAUUUGAGAUCCGAAUAGGACAUUUUUCUUUUUCAGAGUUUGUGCCUGGGGAUGAGUCUUACAAGCUAUUACUUUUUUUUUUAACUACUUGUUUUAUUGUUUUGAGGCAGAGCCAACUCUGUAGCCCUCUCUGGCCUGAAACUCUGUAGAGCAGUCUGGCCCCAGACUUGUGCAAUCUCCUGCCUCUCUACAGAGUUCUGGGAUUGCAGGUGUAUGUCACCACACCUAGCAUUUUUUUAAAAAAAUCUUUAUGGAGAUAAUACCCUUUUCAAAAAAAUACUAAUUUGCAAACAGUGAUUCAGCUUUAUCUGACAGAUGAGAAACUUGCAGGGGCUCUUGAUGUAGGAAAACAACUAAGGCAACAUUUAAAUAAAGUAUGAUUUCUUUCUUUAUUCUGUCUACAUCAGUAAAGAAUGUCUCCAUUAAAGAUGAACUUUAAAGGACUAACUGCUUUAGAAAAUAAAUUGGAAAUUGAUGUCAUUCUUUGAAGAAAGGAAACUAAAACUUGAUUCAAAUAAACAAUCUUAAUUAUUCAUCAGUGCCAUGCAUGCUGAGAGCCCAGGCCAGGGCAGAAGACUGAUGGUCCUCUUUGGAAACUUAAGACAGUAUUGUCCUUCCCAGGACUGCCAGACUCUGCUUAGUCUGAGGAUGGCUGUGCCUCUCCCCAUGAAAUCCUUCCAGCCACAGUGGAAAAGUGGGCAUGGGCUCUGAAACAGAGAACUACAAAUUAGCAGAAAACAGCUCAAGAACAAACAAGUGGCCACAACACGACCCAGACAGACCUCGGAAACACACUCAGUGAAUGCAGUCAGGAGUACAAAACACAUACCAUCAUGUGCUGCUCUUCAUAUGACCUGUCAAGAAAGGCAAGCAUGUAAAACCAGGCAAUGUAAAGCAGUCAUUUCUAGAGUGGGCAUGGUUUAAAGGUUACCCCUAAAUAGCCAUGGGCAACUUCUCAGAAAUGCAGGAAUGUCAUAGACAUGGGUUGUGCUGUUGGUUAUACGCUAUCAUACUUUUAACCGAAGCCUACUGAAAUAGCUGAGAGGUGGAUACACAUCUCUUUACACUUUAUGGGGGAAAUGAGAACACUAUGAGAAUACUAUGUAGCUAUUUAAAAUAACUUCACAGGUGUGUAGCAAAUGCCAAAAAAGAUCUGUAAGGUCAAAACUACAUGUGGGAAAUUUAAAACCUUUGUUUAGAAAUAUGCAUGGGAAAAGGGGCUUGGAGCUUAACAAAUAUGAACACUGGUUACUUCUGGGUGUACCUUUUUACUGUCGUCUUUGUUUACUCAUUGUUUAAAAUGUUGAAAUGUGUUGUUUUGUGAGGUAAAUGUAAUAAAUGCUUUUUCUUUUUUAAAAAA